UUCUUCAAAUUCUCAGCGCAGGUUGGAGUUUUCAUUGACCGGAACCAAUUGCCAACUUACUUACAUGUGCAGUACACGAAUUGUGAAGGUUCUUUCGGCUCCUUUAUGGUCCAGGUUAUUCUUGAGACGCCAAAAAUAUGUUUGGUAUUCGUUUAAUAAACGUUAUUCUAGAGAACUUUCUUCGCUUUCCGCGGAGGGAGCAGAAAAUAGUAAUCUGGAAAGAGAUAUCAACAAGCUGCGAAACGUCGGCAUUUCUGCGCAUAUUGACUCCGGGAAAACAACGCUCACAGAGAGAGUUUUGUUUUAUAGCGGAAGAAUAAGGGAAAUACACGAAGUUAAAGGGAAAGACGGUAAGGGUGCCACCAUGGACUUUAUGGAGCUCGAAAGAGAAAGAGGAAUAACUAUUCAAAGUGCUGCAACAUCUUGCUUCUGGGCAAAUCAUCCCAUCAAUAUAAUCGACACCCCUGGUCACGUCGACUUUACUAUCGAAGUUGAGCGAGCACUUCGAGUGUUGGAUGGUGCUGUGCUAGUUUUAUGUGCAGUUGGUGGUGUACAGAGUCAAAGCUUAACUGUUAGUAGACAAAUGAACCGAUACAAAGUGCCAAGGAUAGCCUUCAUAAACAAGUUAGAUAGACAAGGAGCGAAUCCUUUUCGUGUUGUACAGCAACUCCGAGACAAACUUCACAAGUGGGCUGCUCCGUUAGUUAUUCCAAUUGGUCUUGAAGAAGAGCUCAAAGGGGUCGUUGAUAUUAUACGACGAGAAGCCUUAUAUUUUGAAGGACGAUUUGGAGAACAAGUUGUUAGGAAACAAGUUCCGGAAGCUUUGGUUCAUGAUGUAGAGAAAUAUCGAAAGAGUCUUGUUGAGAUGAUAGCAGAACUAGAUGAGUAUAUCGCUGAUAAAUUUCUUUCAGAACAAGAGAUUUCUGAAGAAGAGUUGACAGGAGCUAUUCGGAAAGUUACUGUCAAUUUACAGUUUAUUCCUGUCUUUAUGGGGAGCGCUUUGAAGAAUUGCGGAGUUCAGCCUCUUUUGGAUGGAGUCGUUCAGUACUUACCGAAUCCAAAGGAAAAGGAGAACAUAGCCCUUCGCCUUGUGAGAAAGGAAGUAGAUGGCGAAAUGAAACAAUUAGAAGAACCUGUUGUAUUAAGUCCUUCAGCCGAUGAAAAACUCGUUUGUUUGGCAUUUAAACUAGAGGAUGGACGAUAUGGACAGCUUACUUAUCUUCGGUUGUAUCAAGGCACUUUAAAGAGGGGAGACUACAUUUUCAAUUCUCGUACGAGUAAAAAAGUGAAGGUGCCAAGGUUGGUUCGAAUGCAUGCGGACGAAAUGGAAGAGAUUUCAGAGGCUGUUGCUGGAGAUAUUUGUGCGGUAUUUGGUGUAGAAUGUGCUAGUGGAGAUACAUUCACUGAUGGAAAGGAUACGUUUUCUAUGGAGUCCGUGUUUAUUCCAGAGCCAGUCAUGAGUUUGGCAGUAAAACCCAAAUCUCGAGAAACUUCCAACAACUUUACCAAGGCACUAGCUCGCUUUAUGAGAGAAGAUCCUACUUUUCACUUUUUCAACGAUUCAGAAACUAAGCAGCUGAUCAUCAGUGGGAUGGGAGAACUGCACUUGCAAGUUUAUUUGGAACGAAUGAAACGCGAGUAUGGAGUGGAAUGUGAAGCUGGACAGCCUCAGGUUAAUUUCCGUGAAACUGUGACAAAACGUACGAAGUUUGAUUAUUUACAUAAGAAGCAGACUGGCGGUGCUGGUCAAUAUGGUGGAGUUAUUGGUUAUAUUGAGCCCUCAGACGAUUCACUGAAUAACGAGUUUGUCAAUCGUGUAGUUGGUAAUGCUAUUCCUCCAAACCUGAUUCCAGCUGUUGAAGCUGGCUUUCGUGAAGCUUGUGAGAGAGGUUCGUUGACUGGCCAUCGAGUACAAGGUGUUCGUAUGGUAUUGGAAGAUGGAAAGAGUCACUCCGUUGACAGCAGUGAACUGGCAUUUCGAAUCGCAGCUAUUAUGGCGUUUAGAGAAGCGUUUCCUCGAGCUGAACCUGCAAUUUUGGAGCCAGUUAUGACUGUGGAAGUUCAGGUCCCUACUGAGUUUCAAGGAACGGUCAUGGGGGCCUUGAAUAGGCGGAGGGGAAUUAUUAUUAGCGCUGUGGAUUAUGGAGAACUUUCCGUUAUUCAGGCCGAGGUGCCUCUCUAUGAAAUGUUUGGAUAUGCGACAGAAUUGCGUUCUAUGACCCAGGGAAAGGGUGACUAUACUAUGGAGUAUAAAGAACAUCGAGAAACAACUCGACAAAUUCAACAAAUGUUAGUCGAAAAACAUCAAAAGGAACAAGCGGAACGAAAGUAGUUAGAUUUAUUCAAGUUUGCUA